CUUUUUAUGACGUGGAUUCACGCUCUAAACAUGCAUAAAUUUUUUGAGUUUUACGAUUGGAAGUCUUUUUGCUUGAAUUGAUUUCAUUUGUGGAUGUUUCCAUUUGGACAUGUCUGUUAAAGUUCAGAUCUUUGUCGGGUCAUUAUUUGGGUUUGGUGAAUUUGGUCUUCACAUGCGUGAAAACAGCAAACGAUGCAAAGUUUAAACAAAUCAAUAGUAAAAAUUUGAUUUCUUUGCAAACAUGAAAAUGUUGCAUCAUAUAUUUUCGAACAGAUGAACAAGAUUGAAAAAGAUUGAAUGGGCUAAAAUUUUCUUCUGUACAAUCUUUUGGUGCUUCUUCUUUUCUGUUCAGGGUUCUAAUUUUUGUAUUUUAUUCCCGUCGGCCAUUGGAUUUUGUUUUAGUUUAUUAGGCUGAUACAUGUGGUUUGUUGGAUCUUCAUUUCUGCUGACGUUUGGUGGUUGAGUAUUUCUGCUGACGUUUUGGUGGUUGAGUUCAUAUUUACUUAGUGGUAUGGAAUUAAUGGUUUGUUUUUUUGACAAGGAAUUAAUGGUUUGUGAUGGCCAAGUGUUUGCAUACUUGAGCUCCAGUUUUCAGAUCUUUUUUUGGGUCUUUUUUUAAUUAUUUCAUAUCUGUUUAAAGAAUUAGUAUUGGAUCCGAGUCAUUCCUACGACUUUGUGAGCUGGGGACCCCUUUUUAAUUUAAAGGAAAAGGUUUUGAACUGAUUCUUUCUCAGUAAUUUCCCGGAGUCAGCUCUUUAGUUUGGUUUGAUUCAUGUUCGUGUUAGAUUAUUUUGGAUUUUCAUGACCAAUAAGCAUUUUUUGUCAGCCGUCUGACCUCACAAUUCCUUGUGUCCUUCACUUUUUUAAUUGUCCCCAAAUAGUUUCAUCCACAAUUUGACACUAUUGUAGAAUCUAAAGCUGUUGGUUUUCUUCUCCAUACGGAUCUAGGGAUGUUUAGCCCUAUACUAUUAGACCUUCUCAUAAACUGAACUUCGUAUAGUUCUGGUCGACCUGUUACUACAAUGCUUGAAUAUUCAAGAAGUUGGAAAAUUAGGUGCACUGUAAGCAUUGGAGGGAUGCUUCCAUGUGCACAAAUUUGCUUGAAGAAAGUGCUGCAUUCUCUUUAAUGGAAUAUGUAAAACAGGUCUAACACUGUGGCUCUCUGUUUAUCCGGGACUCAUGACCUUUUGCUACUUAACUCUAUAUUUUAAUUGUUCAUUCUGCCUGGAACUCUAGCUAGAUAUGUACCAGCAACCUCCAUUCAUUAAAAUCCUGACAGAAAACAUGAAUACUUUUAUGCAGUCAUGAUUUUUUGUUGAGGCAGGUGAGAGAAAAAAUUCCGGGUCUAGAGUGGCACGGAAACGCUAACGUCCCUUAUUUCUAAGUAAAGGUUCCAUUUUGAUUAUAUGUGCAUGACCCCCCAACUCAUUCAUUAGUAUAAUUUAAUUGAGUGAUAUAUAUUUAGAAAAAUUUAUGGAAUUUUUGAAGCAGUUUCUUGGCCAUUAACGGAUUUUCUCACUCUGAGUACGGCUUCAUUUGUUCUGAUGGAAUUCCGCGUUGAUUCUACAGGUGCAACCUCAUUCCUCUUUACCGAGUAUCAGUAUGUGGGAGUUUUCAUGGUGGCUUUUGCCAUUUUGAUCUUCCUUUUCUUGGGCUCUGUGGAGGGGUUCAGCACAAAGGGCCAGUCCUGUACAUAUGACAGUUCCAAAUUGUGCAAGCCAGCUCUUGCUACUGCCGCCUUUAGCACUGUAUCUUUUGUGCUUGGUGCUGUAACCUCUGUGCUUUCUGGUUUUCUUGGAAUGAAAAUCGCUACCUACGCAAAUGCCAGAACCACCUUGGAGGCUAGGAAAGGAGUUGGGAAGGCUUUCAUUGCUGCAUUCAGAUCUGGUGCAGUAAUGGGAUUCCUUCUUGCUGCAAAUGGUCUUCUAGUGUUGUUCAUUUUGAUCAACGUGUUGAAGCUGUACUACGCUGAUGACUGGGAAGGCCUGUUUGAGGCCAUUACUGGAUAUGGUCUGGGUGGAUCUUCCAUGGCUCUUUUUGGAAGAGUUGGUGGAGGUAUCUAUACCAAGGCUGCUGAUGUUGGGGCUGAUCUUGUGGGUAAGGUGGAAAGGAACAUUCCAGAGGAUGACCCUAGGAAUCCUGCGGUGAUCGCAGACAAUGUUGGUGACAAUGUCGGAGAUAUUGCUGGCAUGGGAUCUGAUCUUUUCGGCUCCUAUGCAGAGUCAUCCUGUGCAGCCCUUGUUGUUGCUUCAAUCUCCUCUUUUGGAAUCAAUCAUGAUCUGACUGCUAUGAUGUACCCUCUUUUGAUAAGCUCUGUGGGUAUCCUUGUAUGUUUGAUCACCACUUUGUUUGCCACCGAUUUCUUUGAAAUCAAGGCUGUGAAGGAAAUUGAGCCUGCGUUGAAGUAUCAACUGGUUAUCUCCACAGUUUUGAUGACUAUUGGUAUUGCAAUUGUCUCUUGGAUUGCUCUCCCAUCCUCCUUCACCAUAUUCAACUUUGGGGUUCAGAAGGAAGUUCAGAGAUGGCAACUGGGCGUGUGCGUUGGUGUUGGUUUGUGGGCUGGGCUUAUCAUUGGCUUUGUCACAGAAUAUUACACCAGCAAUGCUUACAGCCCUGUGCAAGAUGUUGCUGAUUCCUGCAGAACUGGAGCUGCUACAAAUGUUAUAUUUGGAUUGGCUUUGGGAUAUAAAUCAGUUAUUAUUCCAAUUUUUGCCAUAGCAAUCAGCAUCUUUGUGAGCUUCAGCUUUGCUGCAAUGUAUGGUAUUGCAGUUGCUGCCCUUGGAAUGCUUAGCACCAUAGCUACUGGAUUGGCUAUAGAUGCUUAUGGACCAAUCAGUGAUAAUGCUGGAGGUAUUGCUGAGAUGGCUGGCAUGAGCCACAGGAUCCGAGAGAGAACCGAUGCCCUUGAUGCAGCUGGGAAUACCACUGCAGCUAUUGGAAAGGGGUUCGCAAUUGGCUCUGCAGCUCUUGUGUCGCUUGCCCUCUUUGGUGCAUUCGUCAGCAGGGCAGGAAUUACUACUGUGGAUGUCCUAACACCCAAAGUUUUUAUUGGUCUUCUCGUCGGCGCAAUGCUUCCAUACUGGUUUUCUGCCAUGACAAUGAAGAGUGUGGGUAGUGCAGCCCUAAAGAUGGUUGAAGAAGUGCGUAGGCAGUUCAACACUAUCCCUGGACUCAUGGAAGGUACUACCAAGCCCGACUAUGCCACCUGCGUUAAGAUCUCUACUGAUGCUUCUAUCAAGGAGAUGAUACCUCCUGGUGCUCUUGUCAUGCUCACUCCCCUCAUCGUGGGAAUCUUCUUUGGCGUCGAAACCCUUUCUGGUGUCCUUGCUGGAUCCCUUGUUUCUGGUGUACAGAUCGCAAUCUCUGCAUCAAACACUGGUGGUGCCUGGGACAAUGCCAAGAAGUACAUUGAGGCUGGUGUUUCUGCCCACGCAAAAGAGUUGGGACCUAAAGGAUCCGAUGCACACAAAGCAGCUGUCAUUGGUGACACCGUUGGAGAUCCUCUUAAGGACACAUCUGGACCAUCACUGAACAUUCUCAUCAAGCUAAUGGCAGUUGAAUCACUUGUCUUCGCUCCAUUCUUCGCCACUCACGGUGGCCUCCUCUUCAAGCUCUUUUAA